CCCUUAAGUUAAAAGUAUACCACGAUUGCUAUUAAUAAAUCUUGCGAAAAAAAGGUAGAGAUGUCCAAAAUAUUGGCCGUACAAAGGGAGUUUGGUUCAGCUUUUAAUGACUACAAAUAAAAUUUACCUGAAAUCAUAUUAUAAAAUUAAUAAUCGAGGGUUUUGAAAAAAUUGGGGUGUUUUUUGCCGCACUCAUAAUGAAGACCGACUCCGUGAAAAUACCCUAAUUCUCUUCCCUUCUUCGGACUCUGAGAAAAUAUAGUAUGGUGUCGUGCAGCAGAGAAGUACAGUCUACUCCAUCAGUGAAGAGAGUAGAGGCAUGUCAUAAUCAAUAUCUGCGGGAAAAAAAAACAUGAUCAGUAGUGAAAAUCCAACUGAACGACAUCUAUUGUCAAUCAAUCAUGGAUAAUCAAUAGCAACAUCAGCAAAGAAAUUUGAAGAUCACGUAUCGAUUUCUUCCACCAAGAUGAUGUUGUUCUUCAGAUUGCAGAGGGACGAACAAAGCAAGACUAUCCAAUACAGCUUUGUGGUGCAGAAAAAUCACCACAUAUAGAAGCCAAUGCUUCAUGAGCUGGGAAAUCAAAAACAGCAGCUAAUAAGCAUUACUCAAAAGUAAUGAGUUGAUCUCAUUCACUAAAUCAAUGGACCUAUAAAAAAAGACGAAGGGUGAGACCGCUCUUCUCCUUUGUUAUUUUCGAUGUUUAUAUACCUUGAAAUUAAUAGCAUAAACGUUGUAGUUUUUCCCUCUGGGAUCCCAUUAGGCUCACCAGUGCACAACUUAUAACAGUCGCAAGAAGAGCGAGAUAACCAUCUAAAUUCAAAACUCGAAAGAUGAACUGAUAUUUUGUUUUUUAAAGUUAUAUCCUGCUAAUAAUUAGGUGUUUGUGGCUAAAGGAAACAUUUGAUACUGGCAAUACAUUGAUUGUGUGGCUCUGUUGGAAGGGAAAGCUAACGGGUGUAUGGCUGUAUGCCAUCUGGACAAAAACCUGCAGCAAAUGUACGGUGGCGGGGACAGUGAUUUUGGAACAUCUUCAUAACUUUGAAUUGACGAGAGAUUGAGAAUAGCCAUCGAUGGCAUUGUUGCUGUCAGGUUCUUGGAUACACUUUAUUAUCAUCAUACAUUCAUACUAUCUCUAAUGGACAUGAUUUGAUAUGUUCAGAAGUUACGUUCUCUGGCAGCCGGGAGAUUAUACGCCCCGUAACAACAGUGCAGUAGCACCCACAUAAAAGGAUAAACUAAAGUACCACACGUUGCUUACGGAUUGAUAAAAGGAUACUAUAUGCACACCCCAAUGGGAAUAAUGAUUCAACUACAACUGAUGGGUUUAUUUCUCUAAACUAAAUGGGGAGGCAGGGAUUCUUCCCUAUCUUUGUUCGUAUUGAUGUUUAUUUAUCAGUUUAAUUUUUACUGCACUGAUCGAGAUUUAUUUAUUAUUGUUGUCUUUAGUUUUAGUAAGAAGAAACUGAAAAGAUGCAAUUUGAGAGCGUAAUAGAAGCUUUUAGCGACAUCACUUCGUGGUUUUCAGAGACAACAAUGAGCAUGUAAUCUUCAAAGAGUGUUUGGGUUCAAUAUAAGGUCCAUUAGGUAUCCCAGAAAAUUUCAAAUUUCUCCAACUGAUACGGUGUUGAGCGCUGCAGAGGAAAUGCAUGAACUUAAAAUUAAGAUUCGAGGAAAUCACAAUAGAUGGCAAACCAUAUGGAAUGCUUACGUUGAGACUAAGAGGAGGAAAGUGAAGGUUGGGGCUAAGUGAAGGAGAGUGUAUAUUAAUAGUUUUGACUGAAGGUUUGAUGUCUUCUUCCUGAAAUACUAAAACUUAAAAGCAAGGUAAUACACAGUGAACUUUUAUCAGAUUUUAAGAUUAAUUGUUGCAAUAACUGUUCAUACAAUUCUCAAAUUCAUUAUGUAAUGUGGUAAUUGUUGUAGCAAAUCUUAUGAAUGAUGUCAAUUUGUUGAAAUUGCUGAAACGGUUGCCUAUAUACGUAAGCGUUUCGGAAGUAGAAUUCUACAGAGGAUAUGUGUAAAACUGGGGUUUAUGUGCUAAUGGCUGCCACAAUUUUUCUGGAUACUGAUUUGUUCAGGAGAAAUGAUUGUUACAGGUUCUAAAGUAUAUGUACGCGUACCUUUCAAUUUUAUUCUAGGAUUUGGACUAGAACUAUGUCAGGUGAUUUCACAGUAGACUCAGCUGUUGAAUGUAUUAGAGAGCAUUAUCAAAAAGUGACAUGGGCAAGACAUGUUUGGCAUCCUAUCCUUCAUCCAUCAACAGCAAGCAAUGUAUGGAAGAUAGUGAGGGGUAUCUGCUCAACUGAUGAAAAAAGAAAAAGCAAGGGUUUCAGUUUAGCAUCAAAGUGCUAUAUGUGUGAUGUUGAUUCUGAUAAUCUUGAACAUAUAUUAUGGUUUUGUAAUUUCAGUCAGAUAAUAUGGAAAUGGCUAGGUGGAAUCUUCUUGUUCUGCAACCCUGAAUCAUAUGAAGAUGUUAUGAACUUUGCAAAGAAUAAAAAUGGAGCUGUAAGGGAUAUAUGGCUACUGGUUGCUUCCAUUACAAUGAUGGAGAUAUGGUUCUUAAGGAAUAGAAUUUGCUUUGAAGAAGAGAAAGUAAACUUGGGUAAUCUUAAGAGAAGAAUAAAACAGUAUACAAAAGACUGUGCAGUGAGAAUAAAAAGCUAUAUGUGGGAAUGUAGCUAUGAUUACAUGGUCUUUAAGAAUUUUGAUCUUAAACAUCAACCAAUAAAGCAUCAAAGAAUUAUUGAAGUGAGUUUCUUCUUACCUGCAACAGAUCAGAUACUUAUAUGUUGUGAUGGGUCAUCUAGGGGCAAUCCAGGUGCAGCAGGAUAUGGUUUUGUGUGCAGAGAUGAAAUAGGAGGUUGUAUAUAUGUUGAAGCUACUGGCCUGGGAAUUGCAACUAAUUACAUUGCAGAACUAAUGGCUAUUACAGGUGCAGCUGAAUGGGCUAUACAGAACAACAAACUUAAUGUAUGUUUUAACUCUGAUUCUAAAGCAGCAGUGAGUGCAUACAUGUCAGGAAGGCUGCCUUGGUUCAUGCAGGUAAGAUGGAAGAGAUUAAAGGAACUAUUGCAUAAUAUCAAAUUUGUACAUAGCUUGAGAGAAGUGAAUUUCUCUGCUGACUCCAUGGCAAAGAAGGGUGCAGGAUUGGUGAGAGGGGAGAAGAUCAUUUUCAACUCAAAACCAAGUUUCAUCCCAGCUUUGGAAUCACCUGAGCAAAUCUACUAUAGGUUUUGCUAGAAAAUUUUCUUAUGUUUUUUACAGUUGGGCUUCAGUUUUGAGUUAGGCUUAUUUUUUCCUUUGAGUUUUUUUUUUUUUCAUUUUAUUGGGCCUUGGUGGCUCUUUUUGAUGUAAACUCUUUAGUUGGUUGUAUUGUGCCAUAAUGAGUAAUAAAAUGGUUUUGAUUGAGCAAAAAAAAAA